AUGACGCCCUCACUUCGAGUCGUUCCCAACGCCGCGUCUCGUGCCGUCUCCCUUCUGCGGACGAUCCAGGCCCAUCCCCCUUCAUGCCCGUGUCACACCAACCCUGGCCAUCACCACCACCAUAACCCAUUGAACUUCACCCCGCGACCCUUGCGAACAAGAAACAGCAGCCGCGGGUUUGCCACCCCGGUGGAUGGACCUCAGAAAGAGUAUGCUUUCGAGAUGGCAGCCUCCUCCAUUCGCUUCGGCCCGGGCUCUACUCAGGAGGUCGGCAUGGACUUCGCCAACAUGGGCGCCAAGCGCGUCGCCGUAGUCACCGACCCUGUCGUUGAUGGUCUCUUCGCCAUGCAGCAGGUCCGCGAAGCCCUUGACCGCGAGGGAAUCAACUACAAGGUCUACAACCAGACCCGCGUCGAGCCCAAGGACAGCAGCAUCCGCGAGGCCAUUGACUGGGCCCGUCCCUUUUCCCCGGAUGCCUUCUUGGCCGUCGGUGGCGGCUCCGUCAUUGACACUGCCAAGCUGAUGAACUUGUACUCUUGCUACCCAGACGCCCCCUUCCUUGACUUUGUCAACGCGCCCCUCGGCAACGGACGUCCCGUAGAUAAAGCGCUUAAGCGCCUUAUCGCCGUGCCCACUACCGCAGGAACCGGCUCCGAGACCACGGGCACCGCGAUUUUCGAUCUUGUCUCUAAGCGUGCCAAGACGGGCGUCGCCCACCGCAACCUCAAGCCCACGCUUGGCAUCUGCGACCCGCUCAACACUCGUACCAUGCCCGCCGCUGUCAAGGCGGCCUCGGGCCUCGAUGUGCUCUGCCAUUCUCUUGAGUCCUGGACUGCCAUCCCCUACUACGAGCGUGUGCCCCGGCCCAAGAAUCCCAUUUUACGACCGGCGUACCAGGGCGCCAACCCCAUCAGUGAUGUCUUUUCCUUCCACGCGCUGAGGGCUACAGUCAAGUACCUUCCCCGUGCCGUCAAGAACCCAGAUGAUUACGAGGCGCAGAGCGAGAUGCUCCUCGCUGCGACGCUGGCUGGUGUUGGAUUCGGUAACGCCGGCGUCCACCUCUGUCACGGCAUGUCGUACCCUAUUUCGGGUCAGAACCCAGGAUACCAGCAUGCUGGCUACAAGGUUUCCUACCCCAUCAUCCCCCACGGCGUAUCCGUUGCCGUCACCGCACCCGCCGUCUUCCGCUUUACAGGCGCCUCCAACCCGGAGCGCCACCUGCAGGCCGCCGAGGUUUUUGGUGUAGACAUCUCGCGGGUCCGCAAGGAGGAUGCUGGCGCGGUGCUCGCCGACGCGUUGACAAAGUUCCUCGCGGAGCUCGGUGAUCAACCGGCGGGCAUCAAGGCGCUGGGCUUCGGCACUCAGCACCUGGAUGAUCUGGUGGAGGGAACGAUCCCUCAGGCCAGGGUGUUGAUGAUGGCGCCGGGAUUGGAGACGGAGUUGGAGAAGGAGAGGGAGCAGUUGAGGGGCUUGUUUGAGGAUGCUUUGGUGCACUCAUGA